AAUUACUUUUGUGUAAUUGAAGACCAAAUGUAAGAAUAGCAGUACUAGUGUUGGAGUAUUUAUAUAAAGAUGAAACCUUACUUUACUGACCCUAUUUGUGUACAACUACAAGUAGCUUAAUUUUACAAGUGCUUAUUUUUAGUUUAUUUUAGAGAAGAUAGUUUGUGUGUGUGUGUUUUAUGUUUUCAGAAUCAGACAGAGCAUUGUGUUUGUGUGUAACCAACAAUAUACUACUACUACUAACACCAUUCUCUCUCUCUCUCUCUCUCUCUCUCUCUCUGUCUGUAAGAUUGUUGUGUUGUUGAACAAAACAAGUUCCCAAGGUUGGGUCGGACAUUGGAUUUGGGGUUUAAAAAGUCCUCGAGAGAGAGAGAGCGAAAACUUGUUGCUUCAACUUUAUUCUUUUCUCAACUCAACACAUUGUCUCUUUCUUCUUCUAUUUCAUUGUUAAGUGUUUUUUAUUUUUUCUACAUUGUUUCUAAAUUGUGUUACUAAAGAUCAUCACCAAACCAAUUUGUUCUGUUCUGUUCUGUUCUGUACUUUCUCAUUCUACUUUUUCAACUUCAUUCAACAAGAACAAAAAAGCUAUAUGAAUUUGUACCAACAACAAUGAGAGAUGAAAACUUCAAGAAAAGCAAGCUUUCAUGGCCAAAAACUUUGGUUAAGAAAUGGUUCAAUAUUAAGAGUAAAGCUGAAGAUUUUCAAGCAGAUGAUGAUGAUGUUCUUUAUGGAGGUGUUGAUGAAGAGUGGAGGAACAACUAUUCAAAGAGAGAAGAAUGCACUAACAAGAAAAGCAAAACAGAAAGAACAAAGAGAAGACACUCGGAAAGAACGCGGCGAUGUAAGAUUGAUCACGAUGCAGCUCAGGUUACAGAUGUGAAUAAUUAUAGAAUCUUUGCCGCGACUUGGAAUGUAGCCGGAAGAUCUCCUCCAAGUUAUUUGAAUCUCGAAGAUUGGCUUCAUACUUCUCCACCUGCUGAUAUUUAUGUUCUUGGGUUUCAAGAGAUUGUACCUCUCAAUGCUGGAAAUGUUUUGGGGACAGAAGACAACGGUCCUGCUAGAAAAUGGCUAGCUCUUAUACGGAAGACACUGAAUAGUCUUCCCGGAACAAGUGGUGAAUGCCAUACUAAUUCACCUUUUCCAGAUCCUGUUGUAGAGUUAGAUUCUGAUUUUGAGGGAUCAAUGAGGCAGAAGGCUACCUCUUUCUUCCAUCGAAGGUCGUUCCAAUCUUUGAGUCAUAGUAUGAGAAUGGACAAUGACUUGUUAGUGCCACAGGCAUGCCUCGAUCGCCGUUUCAGCGUCUGUGAUAGAAUGAUAUUUGGUCAUAGCGCAGGUGACUAUGACCCUAAUUAUAGAUGGGGGUCCUCAGAUGACGAAAACGGUGAAUCUCCUGUUAUAUCACAGUAUUCACCAAUGUCGUAUAGAGGGUUUGCCUCUAUGGAGGAUAGAGAUAGACAAACAGAUAACUCGAGAUAUUGUUUGGUUGCUAGUAAGCAAAUGGUUGGGAUUUUUCUAACUGUUUGGGUUAAAAGCAAUAUAAGAGACGAUGUUCGCAACAUGAAAGUGUCUUGUGUUGGCAGAGGGUUGAUGGGAUAUCUUGGAAACAAGGGUUCAAUAUCAAUUAGCAUGUCUUUGCACAAAACAAGCUUUUGCUUCAUAUGUAGUCAUUUGACUUCUGGACAAAAGGAGGGUGAUGAGCUAAGGAGAAAUUCAGAUGUAAUGGAGAUUCUUAGAAAGACGAGGUUUCCUCGAGUAAAUGGCAUUGGUGAUGAGAGUUCUCCUCAGACUAUUCUGGACCAUGAUCGAAUAAUUUGGCUGGGAGAUUUAAAUUAUCGGAUAGCCCUUACUUACCGUGCGGCAAAAGCACUUGUUGAGAUGCAUAAUUGGAAGGUACUGUUAGAGAAUGACCAGCUGCAUAUAGAACGAGAACAAGGUCGUGUCUUUGAAGGAUGGAAUGAGGGGCAAAUAUACUUCCCUCCCACGUACAAGUAUUCAAACAAUUCGGACAGAUAUGCAGGCGAUGAAAGACAGUCAAAACAAAAGAGAAGAACUCCGGCGUGGUGUGAUCGGAUCUUAUGGUAUGGAAGAGGCCUCCGCCAAUUAUCUUAUGUUCGUGGGGAAUCAAGAUUCUCCGAUCAUAGACCAGUUUGUAGUGUAUUCUUAGCAGAAGUCGAGUCUGUUAGCCGUAACCGAAUCAGAAAAUGCUCUAGUUGCUCCAGUUCAAGGGUUGAAGUAGAAGAGUUGUUGCCUCAUUCACAUGGCUACAAUUAUACCGAUUUAACAUUCUAUUGAUGAAAUGCUACCAAUAUUUAUUCUUUCUUGUUAACUUGAUUAAUUGAAGAAACUGAUGUACAAAGUGUAACAUACAAGGUGGGCAUUGCUAAGAGGAAUGCUAGCUAGCCCCAGUUGUGAUGUAGACAUUCUGUUAUUCUCAAAGUCUCAAAGAAGCUGCAGAGUUUGGUUUUUUGUCUACAAUCACAAACAUUGGAUUUUUUUGCAGCUAACAAUCUUUUUGGCAGUUUCUUUAAUCAAUACAAAUAGCAUCUCAAUUCUCAUUGAAAAUAAG